AUAGAUAUUUUAAGUCAAACUUAAAUUUUAUCAUUGCUAUACGUUAAAUUAUUGGUAUUGUAUUAAGGUGUGCUCAUUGAUUUUUAAUAUAAAAGUAAGAAAUGCCUCCACCACCACAUCAUGAAGGUCCACCACCACCCCAUGGAGGUCCACCACCACCACCACCACCCCCAAGUGGAUCGUGUUGUACUUGCACCAUUAUAUAGAAGAAAUAAGCCAUUUGAAAGCGUAACAAGAGGAAUGUAUCCGCCACAUCAUGGAGGCCCACCACCGCCAGAUUUUGGACCACCACCUCCACAUUUUGGACCGCCACCUCCACAUUUUGGAGGCCCACCACCACCACAUUUUGGACCUCCUCCACCACAUUUUGGACCUCCACCACCACAUUUUGGUGGUCCACCCCCUCCACAUUUUGCAGGCCCACCUCCACCACCGCCACCACAAGAUACAUGCUGUGUUUGCACCAUCAUAUAAGUGAAAACAAUAUAUAUUUUUUAAAGGUAUUCAGACUUUGACUCUGUUAAUGAAACAUUUAAUGGCAAAAACAUUUGACUGCAAAACAUUUCUCAAUUAUGCAUUUGAUGUCAUAUUUUCAUAACGUAGUCGAUGACUUUGUGUUAAAUAGCUAUAAAAUAGACAAUAUAUUGUAUAGCUAGCAAAUAAAAAUUACAAACUAAAAACAAUGUUGAUAAUUAUUAUUCCUCCAAUCUUCAUUGCAAAUUUACUUUUUCAUGAGUUUAAAAUAUUUAUAAUAUUUCUUUCUAUAAAUAUAAUUUUUAUGUUUAGAUAAGUGUUUAAUGUUUUAUUUAGGUACAUCAAAGUGUAAAUAUUUUAAUAAUAUUUUUUUGGAAGUUUUGAAAAACUGUUUAUAUUUUUUUAAUUGUUUAUAUGCAAAUAUAUGCCAUAUUAUUUUAAGCGGGAAAAAGUAUUUUGUAUUUUACGGAUUAUAUAUCAAUAAAUUUGGAGUGCAAGAGAAAA